UCAGCCCGGUCGACGCGAACGUCGGCUGCGAGAUCCUCGGUCGCAUCUUCAGCGCCUGAGGUUGUCGAUACUCCAGACAACGCUCUUCGAACCAAGAUAUGCGCAGUCUUUCGCGAUGCGCAGCGAACCACAGCAACCCACCGCAAGCUGGUUGUGAAUCUGCGAAAGAUUCAAGAGCCAUGCUGCUACGAACCCGAAAACCCGAAUGCAUCACAAUUUAACGACUUCGACGAGGAUGCCUUCAAUCGCGAGUUCAUUAGAUGUGUCACCAAGAUUAUGCCCAUCAAGAAGUCCGAGAGCGUUGGAGAACGGUCGAUCCGAUUUAUCGGCCUCUUUCUGCGCCAUGCAAGCGAGAAGGAUAACGAACUUAUGGGGGAUGUUGAGGAUGAGGCGAGCGUAAUGCCCGAGACUCCGAGCACACGGCUUAUCUCUCAGCUCCUGGAAGCCAUCCUUCCGCUGAUGACAGCCAAGGACAAGGUUGUUCGAUACCGAUCGACUCAGCUCGUGUCGCACAUCAUCAACUCGCUCGAUGCCAUCGACGAUGACCUCUUCCAAAAGCUGCGUCAUGGGCUGCUCAAGAGGAUUCGCGACAAGGAGGCCAUGGUCCGCUCUCAAGCGGUGUUGGGUCUUGGUCGACUUGCAGGGAAUCAGCUUGAGGGUUGCACCAACUCUGAUGAUAGCGAGGAUGGUGAUACAGGCCUGCUUGAGAAGCUACUCGAGGUUCUUCAGAAUGAUCCAAAUGCCGAUGUGCGAAGAUCUCUCCUCGUCAACCUCCCUAUUCUGCCUGAGACUCUGUCCUUGCUUCUUGAGCGAGCACGAGACCAAGAUGCAGCAACUCGAAGGGCUGUUUAUUCCCGACUCUUGCCCGCACUAGGCGAUUUCCGACAUCUUUCAGUUAAGAUGCGAGAGAAGCUCCUCCGAUGGGGUGUCCGAGAUAGAGAUGAAAAUGUCCGAAAAGCUGCGGGCAGACUCUUCCGCGAGCGAUGGAUCGAGGAUUGCGCAGGAGUGCAACCCCGUGAGGAUGGUGCCCCUGCAGAGCCAUCACCUCCGAGCUUUGAAGGUCUUCAGGAGCUCCUGGAGCGAAUUGACGUUGUCAACACGGGCGUUGAGAAUGGAGUUGCUCUAGAGGCCAUGAAGGGCUUCUGGGAGGGCCGGCCAGAUUAUCGUGAGUCGGUUGAGUUUGACGACAGCUUCUGGGAGACUCUUUCUGCCGAGUCUGUUUUCAUGGCGAGGAGCUACAACGAAUUCUGCCGUAACGAAGGUGAUGGCAAGUACUUGGCCCUCCUGGAGGAGAAGCUUCCCGAGGUGACAAAGCUUGCCUUCUACUUGGAGCGAUAUCUGCACGUCCUUGUUGAAGCCGUUAAGAGGGUGGCUGAGGGCGAUGAGGAUGAGGAUGAGGAAGAAGAAGACACGGUGGAACAGGAGUUCAUCGUUGAGCAGCUGCUCCAAAUCGCUCUGACUCUUGAUUACUCUGACGAAGUUGGUCGACGGAAGAUGUUUACCCUUCUUCGACAAGCCAUUUCAAUUCCUGAGUUGCCAGACGAAGUCACCAAGCUCGCUGUGGAGGCACUGGAAGGGAUCUGCGCCCCUGAUGCUGCCGGAGAGCGAGAGUUUAUCAGUAUCGUCCUCGAGUCUGUGGCGGACGUUCACGACACCAUCGUCGAUGAGCCGCCAGCUGAGGAGCCCGAGGACAGCUUCCACUCGGCCAGGUCCGAGGUCAGCAGCCGCCCAAGCACGCCAACUAAUAAGAGUAGCAGGCGAGGCCACACUCCUGAGAUGAGCGAGGAGGAAGCGCACGACAAGGCGGUCAAGGAGAUCAUUGUCAACAUGAAGUGUCUUCACAUUGUCCAAUGCAUGCUCACGCAUGUGUCCAUCAACCUUCAGGACAACACAGACCUAGUGUCGAUGCUGAACAACCUGGUUGUCCCAGCCGUCCGCAGCCACGAAGCACCUGUUCGAGAGAGAGGCUUGGUCUGUCUCGGUCUCUGCGCUCUUCUCGACCGCUCGGUUGCGGAGGAGAACUUGACUCUGUUUAUGCACUUCUUCAGCAAGGGCCACACUGCUCUUCAGAUUACGGCGCUGCACAUCUUGACUGAUAUCCUUAAUGUCCACGGCGCAGAUCUGCUAUCGUCUACCCCCAGUCUGCUCAAGGUCUACAUCAAGGCUGUCAAGGGCGGGGCCAAGUCUCCAGAAGUCCAAGCAGCUGCCACUGUUGCUGUCUCGAAGCUUCUGCUGGGACGUGUUGUCAGCGAUGAGGAGGCUUGCCAGGAUCUGCUCAAGUCUCUGGUGGUUGCUUACUUUGACCCCUCGUCAGCAUCAAAUCAGACAGUUCGACAGGCCCUGAACUACUUCCUCCCCGUGUUUUGCUUCUCACGGGCUGAGAACCAGGAUCUCAUGCGGAGUAUUGCACUCGAUGCCAUCCAUGCCCUUUUCAAUGUCCGCGAAGGCUUGGAAGAUGAUGAUGUGGAUGUCGAGGAGGACAUGGUCAGCAUGACCACCAUCGGAGCUUGUUUGGUGGACUGGACGGAUCCCAGAAAGUGUUACAGCCCCACAGACUUGUUGGAUACCGAGAAGAAGGUUGUGAAUGGCGAUGUGCAUCUGGAGUUUGCCAUGGAUAUUCUGGAGAAGUUGCAAGGCAAUAUUGCCAAAGAAGAGAAGAAGCUCCUCGCUACGCUCCUUGGAAAGCUUCAUGUGUCCCCUGGUUCGACCGAGGAGAAGCUGCGCGAGGCAUACACCGAGGUCAGCGUCGCUGUCGAGGAUGGUUUGCUGUCUGAUGCCACCAGCCGCAACGCCCUCUACAAGAUCCACGUCAGCUUGGGCAAGAUUGUCAACGCCCUUGAGGAUCAGCAGCAACAGCCUGCU